UGCUAGGUCACUUAGAGGCUGCCACACUCUAUAGGAGACCAGGAUCUUAUUUCCUCUUUUCUUCCUGGCUGAACACAGGCCAUAGUCUUGUCUUGCACCACUGUCCCUGUUCUGGGCUUCUGUGAAGUCAUGUUGCUGUACCUGGCAGCCCUUGUGGGUCUGUACUACCUAGUACGAUGGUACCGGGAGAGCCAGGUGGUGAGCCACCUCCACGACAAGUAUGUCUUCAUCACGGGCUGUGACUCGGGCUUCGGGAACCAGCUGGCCAGACAGUUGGACAUGAGAGGCUUGAGGGUGCUGGCCGCGUGUCUGACUGAAGAAGGGGCCGAGCAGCUGAGAAAGCGGACAUCAGAACGGCUGGAGACAGUGAUCCUGGAUGUCACCCAGACAGAGAGCAUCACUGCAGCCGCUGAGUGGGUGAAGGAGCGUGUGGGGGACAAAGGACUCUGGGGCCUGGUGAAUAAUGCUGGCAUUGCCUUCCCUUCUGCUCCCAAUGAGUGGCUGAGCAAGCAAGACUUCAUGAACAUACUCAACGUGAACCUGGUCGGGGUGAUCGAGGUGACUCUGAGCCUGAUGCCUUUAGUGAGAAAGACUCAAGGCCGCGUGGUCAAUGUCUCCAGUGUCCUGGGCCGGGUGUCACUCUGUGGUGGUGGCUACUGCAUCUCCAAGCAUGGUGUGGAGUCCUUCUCAGACAGUCUCAGAAGAGAGCUCUCCUAUUUUGGGGUGAAGGUGGCAAUUAUUGAGCCCGGUUCCUUCAAGACCAAUACGAUCAGCAAUGAAAGAUUCAUACUAAGUUUACAGAAGUUGUGGAACCAGCUCAGCACAGAGGUCAAGGAGAUCUAUGGCGAGAAGUUUCUGGAUACCUACCGGAAAUCAUUUAAAUUAACGGCACAAAGGAGCACACCAGAUCUGUUCUUGGUGACGGACUGCAUGGAACAUGCGCUGACUGCCUGUCACCCUCGCACCCGAUACUCAGCUGGCUGGGAUGCCAAGCUCUUUUACCUCCCUUUGAGCUACAUGCCCUCAUUCCUGGUGGAUGCCUUUAUGUACUGGAGUUCCCCAAAGCCAGCAAAAGCCCUGUAAAGCCAACUUUUGGGUGUAUUGUUGGGGAAGUUGAGUAGUGUGUGUGGGCUGGGACAUGUCAGGUAAAGAGCAGUGGGUAGAGGCAAGCAGCUUUCACACACUAGGGCACCUAUCCCACCUUCUAGGUCCAAAGGAUUUUUCUCAGGUAUACUCAAGAUUGGUGACAUGAAAGGAAAAGAGUCAAGGACUUCUGUUGAGGAACAGGGACUCAGCAUCACCCACUGAUUCCCAAUUCAUUUAGCCAUGAGCUGUUUUUUCUCUACAUUGUACAUCUUCCAUGCCACCAUAUCUUAGAACCAGCUGAUUGUGGACUGAAUCUUAACAAACUGUGAGCUAAAUAAACCUUUCCUCCACCA